GCCGGCGGAGGGCGCCACGAUCGCGGCGAGGCUCGGGCGGCCAUGGCGGCGGGGAGGCUGCUGCUGCUCGCCCUGCUGCUGCUGCUGCUGCUGCUGCUGCUGGGGGGCACGGCGGGGCCCGGAGCUCGGGCAGCCCGCAGCCGGGGCUCCGAGAAGCAGAACAGCCUCCGCCGAGCCGCCAGCGGCCUCUACCAGGGAGUCAGCGGCCUCUUCGGGGAGGACAACGUGCGGGCCCUGCAGAAGUUUUUCUCAAGGUUGACAGAGAGGUUUGUGAAUGGGGUGGAUAUAUUAAUGGACACAUUCUGGAGAAUAUGGACUGAUUUGUUAGAUGUUCUUGGAAUUGAUGCCUCCAACUUGACUCAUUAUUUCAGCCCAGCAGCAAUUGCCAACAACCCAACCCGUGCUCUUCUGCUGAUUGGUGCCAUUUUACUUGCCUACUGGUUUUUAUCUCUCUUCCUUGGAUUCUUCUUCUAUCUCCUGCACAUGCUGUUUGGUCGCUUUUUCUGGAUUGCGAGGGUUGCCCUUUUCACCCUCUCAUGCGUGUACAUCCUGCAGAAGUAUGAAGGUGACCCAGAACACGCAGUCCUGCCUCUCUGCUUUGUUGUAGCAGUCUACUUCAUGACGGGGCCCGUGGGAUUUUACUGGAGAAGAAACAGCAACAGCAGCCUUGAGGAGAAGAUGGACCACCUGGACAGUCAGAUCAGACUUCUGAAUAUACGUCUCUCCAGGGUGAUUGAAAACCUGGACAGAGGCAGUGACCAAUGAACCAACCCUACAGACCACUGUACACCAGCUCUAGAAAAUUCCUAAGCACUGUCUCAUUCGAAGUUACAAAGCAACAAAGCAUCACAUGGUAAAAAGUGUGCAAAGUUAUAACUUUUCAUCAUGUGUAAGACUAAUUUAUCUAGAUUAUACACUCAGCCAUUAUACUUGUAGGAAGAAAAAUUAAGCUGUAUAUUCAGAGUUUUAUCCAGUACUAGAAUUUUAUCAGUAGAUAAACGCUUACUUUUACAAGCAUUUAAAAACAUCUUUUGUAAAUUUUUUAUAAAGCAAAUUGAGUAGUCUUUCAAAUAUUGAAAUUGAGCUCAACAUAUGCAAAUUUGACAUUAAGAAGUUAAAAAGAAAAAAAAAAUCUCAAGCUACCAAACACUUCUAUUGAGAAGUAACUGCUGUGGGUCCACUUUUUUUUUUUUUUAAUCACAAAUGUUCUUCUUUUGUAGUUGGCUUAUUUCAUUGACUCAAAGUUGCCUUUCAUAGAGUAGCGGAUGAACAAAUUUUCUGGUAUGCAGGCCAAAAAAUUCACACCAUAGAUUCUUAAUAGGAGGUGGGGGAUGAGGGAGAAGGAUGAUUUCAUAAAUUUGAAGUCCUGAAAUGCCAGUCCCAUAUGAGGAAUUGAGAAGUGCACAUGUGGCUUUAUUUCAUUGCUUUUCCUAUCAGGAACUUAAAUUUGAUGUUUGGAAGGAAUCCGGUUUAAUAAGUUGACACAAAGGAAGAGAUGUAGUGUGACAAAUCAUAACUUAUAUUUGAUCUUCAUAAUGAAGCACAUUCCAAGCAUCAGUGCAUGGAAUAAAACAUGAUUUUUAACACCGGGACCCACGUACUUUCUCAAAAAAGGCAGCAGUUAAAACACCUGCAAAUGUAUUGUUGCUUAAAGCUUUCUCAGGACCAAUAAGCGGCAAUAAAUUCUCUUCAGGAAGAUCUGGAUUUUUUUUUUCUAAAAUUGUGAUAGUUUUAUAGGAGCUUUUUGCUUGAAGUCUGUGUCCUCACUCUAUUGGGUUUCGGGAAGUGAAUCCCCUUACGAGAAGGGUGUAUUAAACAGUCGUAUUUCAAAGCGAUGUAGGAGCUUUGAAGCAAUUUUAUUUUGAAGGAUUUAUGUAUUUGUAACCUUAUAAUUAACUAGCUUGGUAGGCGACCACUGGCUUUGUAAGGUUUGCUGAAAUGUACUGAAACAAAGGUAACCUCAGGGAGGAAGGUCUUGUAAGUGGUUUAAUGUAGUAACCGGUAGCAUUCGAGGCUAUAACGGGGGGUGGGAGGGGAGGGAAGCAUCUAAUUCCUUAGUGAUGAGCGCAGUACCAAUACCAGGAGAGGUAAAAAUGGCCCACAGCUGAAGAAAAACAUACUUCCUAAUACUGGAACGAUUAGGUAAAGAAAAGCUGCAACAAAAAUUGGUCCGUGCUAGGGACUGGCCAAAAAGCAAGGGGAACAGAUACGAGUAGAUGAUGCACGUGCCGCGGCCUCGCCGGUGAGUGCCCGCUGCGGUGGGACUGCCCGCGUGCGGCUGAGCACGGCGUGGUGCUGGGUCUUCAGCUUCUUGUCUCGUUGGGCACAAGUCCGCUGGAUGUGGCGCUUAACUGAAUGUAACUGUGGGGUGAAUUUAUUUUUCUCUUCGUGCUGAAGUUUAGCACUCUUCUUAAAAUAUGUGUUACUUGCCUAAGCUCUUUUGGUCUGUAUGUGAUGUUUACAUGAGUGAUUACUUUAAACUCCAUUUUUAUGGCCUUCACGCCGACCUGCGGUCACUUCAGCUCAGCAUGGUUGAAGUUCACGUGCAGUUGACAUUGUUCUAAUCAGUUUUAUUUUUUUUAUUGCAUCUGCAAAUUACUAUGACCCAAGAAAUGCACAGAGUUGCAAAGCAACUGCUUUUUAUAACUUAGUCUUUCCCAUAAACAGAUAAGUACUAUGGCAACAACCAGCCUGCUUUGUAAAGCUGGAAGUUGAACUUACAGUAUAUGCAUUUUUACAGCUCGUUUUCCGUUAGUAUUACAGAGUCUUCCCUGUGAACUCUGUUUUCCCUGCUGUUGUGCACCGAGGACGGAGCUAAAACACCAACCUGGAAAUUAGGAAUUGAUUAGCAAAGAUGGUCAAGUCUUUGUGUUUUGCUAAAUCUGAGGCCUGAGGACCAAAGUCUGCAAACCUUGCUCAUGUAAGUGGCUCUAUUGACUUCGACAGAACGAUGUGCAUGAGCCAGUUUUGCAUAGAUUGUAUUUUAUGUAAUCCAUAUUUAAUGUUGAAAUUAAAAGUACUGAAUCAUUUAUAUAUUAAGAGCUGUCUAUUAUAAAGAUUACUUUAAAAAUACUAUAUAAAAAUUAGUUUGGGUUAUAGUUUCUCCCUGUGUCUGUAAUCGUUUCUUAGUUUUGUAAAAAUCAGCCCUCCCUAUAUUAAUACUCUUAAUUUUGAUCACCCUGCUGCUUGAAAAAAAUAUUUUUGUAUUCACUUGCAUCCCAUGUAUAGCAAAAUGUUAUGUGAAAAGCAGUAUAUAUAAAAUUGGAUAUUUUUAAUCAGUAUUUUUCCCAGCACUCUGUUUUCACGUUAGACAAAUUCAAAAGUAAUGAUUUUUUUUAAAGCACAAUCUAGUCUUCGAUAUGUAUACUUUAAAAUGCUCUGUAUUUUUAAACAUGCACUGUAGUGAAAACGCUUUUGGGACAUGAAUGUGGUAUUAUAUUUAAUCUCUUUCAACUUACUUUUGUAAAUACCUUUACGGAUACUUCCCAUACGAGUCACCUAGUUUAUCCAUCCAGUUUUUGCUCUGUUUUUUAGAACUCGUUCCAGUGACAGUGGUCGCACUGCUUUUCCAUUGCCAUGGAUGUGAGCAGCUCGUAUUAAUGCAGAGAAGUGCAGGUAUCGCACGUGGGUAAUUGCGCCCAGACGUGGUUUCUGCCAGACGCGCCCAAGGCUGUGUUGCCCGUGGCAGUGGCGAGGACGGGAAUCAAGCCCAGACCCGCAGCUCCCAGGCUUUGGCUCCAGCCCCUGGGCAGCUUUGCAGGAGGUGGGCAGCAGCGUUUGUGCUCCUGCAGUGCUGUCCCCUUGGCGAGCAGCCCUUAGAGCAGCACGGGCUGGGCUGUCUGAGGGCAGGGAGACGCGCGGAACCGCGACGCCUGCCCUCAGAUCCGAAGGCUCAGCACCUCGAACGUUUCCUAUUUACCUUCCCGUUUUCAGCAGCUGCUCGGAGGAGUGUCACCUUACUCGCUGGGUGACACAACAGCGAAAGAUGGGCUUCAAACUGUCUGGUGUCAGAAAUCCCAGGAAGGUCUUUAAGUGUUGUGAGCUCCAUGCUUCGAGACCUGACGUUUGAAACUACUGUAGUAUUUUCAAUACAUGAACAUCUUCGCUAAACUAACAAUUUAGCAAUUUCUUUGAGAGUAGACGCCUCACAUAUAGAUAACCGAUCCGUCGUACGCAGAGUGUAACGCUUUUCUAAGUGGUAUUGGAUGUCAGAGUACCAUGUAUACAACCUGGUGUAGUUCAAUGCUGUACUUAAUAGCGCGUCCUUCAAAUCGUGGUUUGCUUUUCCAGACUCGUUGCGUAGUGAAUGUGGAAAAUAGACCCGUGUAAACCUUAGCUCUUUGGUGGUGUGCAAGUUUUUUAGGUGUGAUUUGCCUCACGUACUGAUCUGUAUUUGGCAGCUAAUGACGUAAACGACCGUACGUUCUCUUUGUCCGGGUUGGAAAAUAAAAGGUUUUAUCGUAUCCGCAUGUAUUUUAAACUUUUGGAUAAUUCCAUCCACCUGUGAUGACAGCACAUUAAAAAAAUCUUAUUGCCUUUUUAA